AUGUUCACGUUAAGUUCCCUUGUGCCAAUUUGCAACAAAAGCAAUAACAAACUGCUGCUGUUGCACGCAUUCCAACAACAACAGCAACCCGGAUUGACUGUUCUCUCCUCAACAAUUGCCGAUGAAUCUCUGGAUACAAGAGAAAAAUCAGAUCUCACAUUAAAGUGCCGUUUUACAGAUCAAUACGACGCCGAUGAUUUCACAUUUUACUGGGCAAGAUGGACAGCGAAUCCGGCCCUCUUUGAAAAUGUGGCCAUUGGCGAUGUCCAACUAAAUUCAGGCUAUAGGCUUGAUUUUCGUCCUAAAAGCGGCAUUUACGAUCUACAAAUUAAAAAUGCCUCCUACGCCCGUGACAAUGGCCGCUUCGAGUGUCGCAUUAAGGCCAAAGGCACAGGUGCCGAUGUGCAUCAGGAAUUUUACAAUUUAACUGUGCUUACGCCGCCACAUCCGCCUGUCAUAUCGCCCGGCAAUAUAGCCGUUGCCACCGAAGAUAAAACCAUGAAAUUGACAUGCAGUAGUAUUGGUGGUUCGCCCGAUCCAACGAUAACCUGGUAUCGCGAAGGCAGCAAUGCAAUGCUGCAAACUGAGGUACUCAAAGGAGGCUCAAAGGAUCAACCCACCAAUGCAACGUUAACCAUUGUGCCACGUCGCGAGGACGAUGCUGCCAAAUACAAAUGUGUUGUUUGGAAUCGUGCCAUGAACGAGGGCGAACGUUUGGAAGCCACAGCCACGUUAAAUGUUAAUUGUAAGUAAACUUUUUAUGUUAUUCUCUUCUUCGUGGUGGGUUGGCUAUUUCAUUUUCAGCGGGGGU